AUGUCAAGACAUCAGAGAACACCGUUUAAAAAUGAAGACAAUUUGGUUGAGGUGAAAAGCAAAUUUGAUGCAGAGUACCGAAGAUUUGCCCUGAAGCGGACAAACGCCGGUGGUUUUCAGGAGUUUUACCGCUUGCUGCAGACGAUUCACCAGAUCCCUGGUGUGGAUUUUCUUUUGUGCUACGCUGACAUCCACGGCGACUUGCUGCCAAUCAACAACGACGACAACUUUCACAAAGCCUUGUCGUCAGCCCAUCCACUUCUUAGGAUUAUCAUACAAAGGAAAGAUGUGGACAUCCCUGUGGUCUUUCAAACUAAUUCUUUGCAGAGGAAGAAGAAGGGUUUGACAAGCCUACGCUCACAGCCUAGCAAGGGCAAACAGGCACUGUUCAUCAGUCCUCCUCAAGAUUUUCGACAGAUCUCCUCCAUCAUUGAUGUGGACAUCCUUCCCGAGACACAUCGACGCGUGCGUUUGCACAAGCACGGCACCCAUAAGCCUCUGGGCUUCUACAUCCGUGACGGCGUUAGCGUGCGGGUAACCCCGCAGGGCGUGGAAAAAGCACCGGGAGUUUUCAUCUCGCGGCUGGUGAAGGGAGGGCUGGCUGAGAGCACAGGGUUGCUCGGGGUCAACGACGAGAUCUUGGAGGUCAACGGCAUCGACGUGGCUGGCAAAUCUCUGGAUCAGGUGACGGACAUGAUGGUGGCGAACAGCCACAACCUGAUAGUGACCGUGAAGCCAGCCAAUCAGAGGAACAAUGUGGUGCAUCGUGGGAGCAAGACCUCGGCCGGGAACAGCUCGGGAGGAUCAGGGGGUUCUGCCGUCUCUCGGGACUCCACUGCAAGCCCCGCCUCCCAGAACGUCAGCCAGUACAGUAACAGCAACAGCGUCGCCGAGGGUGACAGUGAUGACGAUGCCGAUCUCAUCAUCGAGAGCGACAGCCUGCCGACUUAUUCGUCUCCGCGUCUCCUAACUAACGGAAAUGCCGCGUCGGGAUCGCAUUCACAGAGACCAUCAGUCCUCCAGAGUGGUUCGUCGCCCAGCAGUGUCUCUCUGUCAGACAGCAAGGCCUCCCUAAGCUCCCUGACCACACCCACACAAAACGGCAGUCCCACCAAAACAAGCAGCAGCCAGGAGAGCAUGAGGGAAGACGGUAACCUUAUCACUUUGUGA